AUGUCGAACUCCGACUCCAACUGGUCCUCAACAGGGCUCAAGUCCAUGAACGUCACUGGCGACGACGCCAGCAUGAGCUCCUCCGAGCUAAGCUCCUCGACCGGCGCCGGCAAACGAGGACAAACUGCAUCGAGGCAAAAGCGCAACAAGCGCAAAGGUGUGGCCAAAAAGGCCGUGACCAAGAGGGCGGUUGCAAAGGACAAGAAAAAGAAGCCGGAAGGGGUGGGCAAGAAGGCAGGAGCGGGCGAUGCCGACACCGCAACCGGUGUCGACAGCGAGGGGCAGACGAUCACGGCCACCAGCACGGUCCAAAACGCUGAAGCCAUUGUCGAGUACAUUGAGAUGGUGGCCAAGUCCGAGAAGCUGCCCAAGUUGGUGCAGAACAAGGUGCAAACAGCCAAGGAAAAGAUUCGCGCGUUCAACAACGAGCCUGCAGUGGUGGUCGUGACGGGCGCUGCUGGCAUCGGCAAAUCAUUCCGCUGCAACCUCCUGGUCGCGCCGGCGGUGACUGUGGCAGCAAGCAUGUUUCCGGACCAGACCCUUGAUGAGCUCUCUGACGAGGACAGGCAGCGGGUGAUGGAGAACGUCGGCACGCUGCCUCUUCCGUCCGCAGCAUCGAACCGCCCGAUCACCGAGCUAGUCACCCAUCUCGUGUUUGGAAACGAGUUUGCCAUCCGGGUGGUCAAAACGAGUCUCGACGAGCACGAGGAGGUGAUCGAGGAGACAGCAGCCGAAGGUGGGCUCCUGGCCAUGCCGGACCUUGUCCGUCGAGCCUUUAACACCCACGGCAACCAUUUGGCAAGCAGCCAACGCCGUGCCAACGAAGGCGAUCUGCGGGUGGAGGUCGUUGGUCCGUGGGCUACCGGGCCACGGGUCGUUCUCAUCGACCUGCCUGGAAACCACUCGGAGACGGUAGACACGAUGGGUCAUCGAGCCAUUCUCAAGGCCGACGUUGUAGUCCUUGCGACCGGAACGUCGCGAGUGGCGGCGCCUGAGCUGGUGGCCAAAAUCGUCAAGGUUCGGACCCAAUCCGGGAUGACGACGGCCGCGCCGGUCCUCACCAACGUCUACACGCCCGAGAACAACAAGGAUGAUGCCGAGGACCCGUCGGCUAUCCUCCGCAGCAACAUCCUGACCUGCGCCAUCUCGGUCGACGCCGAGACGUCGACCGCCGGAUCAACCUCGAGUGUGGCCACAGCGGCGAGCGAGGGGCCGACGAUCGCAUCAACAGGCGACCACUCUGGCAACCAAUACGUAUUUCUCAACUCGCUUGCCCACAAGGCCAAAGCGGUUGACUCAAGCAAGCUCUUUUCGCGGUACCCAACCCAGCAAGAUCGAGUCGAGUACGCGGCAACCGUCGACGCCGCCCAAAAGUGGCUGACCGAGACCAUCGAUCAAGCCAUCGCGCACCGUGUCUACUACGCCACCAUGCCAGUUCAUCAAGCUGUCCAGGCUGCACGCCGACCGAAGAUUCCUAACAACAUCAAGGACAUCCGCGAGCGGGUCAUGACGCGGACAGGCAAGCGGAAGGCCGUCAAGCGCAAGCGUGACUCGGAUCGCAACGAGCUCAGGGACGACGCCGCUCGCACUACUGAGGCCAUCAUCAAGGACAAGCCCCUCGAGCCCGACUACAGCAAGCAAGUACUCGAGACCUUUCUUGGCCGCAACACCAAAGAGGACGAUGAGGUGGCUGCGUUUGUCGACAAGUACGUCGAGGCUGCCAAAAAGCCGCCCCGCGCAUCUCACCCCAUCAACGUCAGCAACAUCAAGAGUGUCUUUGACAAGAUCAUGGACGUCACCGGCUCAGUCCUCAUCAACAAGCUCAACAUGAUCCAGGCCGAGGCGACCAAGGAGGUGAAGAAAGCCCGCUCCGAGGCCGGCCUCGCGUUCGUUGACGCCGAGAACACCUCAUCCAUCAUGCCUACCGUUCAUGUCAACAAGAUCAGCCUCGACGUUCGCACCACCUGGUCCAAGCAAGUGUCGGAGGGUAUCAUCAGCAUGCUUCGUACGGAGCUGACCAACUUUACGAGUGGCAGUGACCCGGAUGUGAGCCUUGCUGCCCGGGCCCGGUUGACCGACCGUCUCUACGCCAACAUCGCCAACAUCAUCAAGGAACCACUCCAGUGCUACCACGACCUUGUGCAGACCAUCGUCGACACCAUGGUUGACGCCCUCGAGGAGUUCAUGCCGCAGGAAGCAAGUGAGGACAAGCGGAGCCCGGCCAUGAUCGGGCUCGACAAGAGGAUGAAGGAGAUCAACAAGCACCUCCAGGAGUGGCGCAAGAAGAUCGAGGCUGGAAACGAUCCCAGUGCCACUUUCAUCGACCUCAUUCACGCCUCGGCCUCGCCACCCAUCAUCUUUGAGAAGCUCACCGGUGAGCUGAGCAACGUCAGCAUGGAUCGCGAGUCGCUGUUCAACGAGCCUUCGAUUGAUCUCUGUCUCAAGCUCACCAAUGCACCUCCCACCGACGUCCGCCACUCCCCCAUUCUACAGCUCAACAUCACUCAGAGUUCACACAGCGCACGUGUGACGCUGACGCUUGACGCCGCCAUCGGCGGCUCACCACUCGUGGCCGAAGAGUUUGCGCGCCUCUGCAAGCAGCACGUCGCCAAAACCCUCACUGAGCGUGGCCCGAUGAUUGCCUCGCCGAUCGCCCUCUCUCUGCCUCACGAAGCACCUGCCACAGCUGCAGAUGCCCAAGCUAUCUACACCGACAAGCUCAAAUCACAGCAGUCGUGGCUGGCCCGCGUUCUGUCAGAGGACGAGGCCGAGAUCUCGCGAUUUGUUUUCGUCGGGCCCACACUGACCUGGGUGCAGGGUUUUGUGGACUUUCUCGACGCGCAAGGGAUGCAGAACGUGGUGGACACCGCCUUCUUUAUCGUUGCCGACGCCGCAAGCGCCUCGUACAUGGAGGCAGCACUCGUCUCGGCCUGGCUCUCGCUCGGAUCGUCGAUCCUGGCCGAUCUGGUCCGGAACAACAGCACCUUUCCGCCCGCACCGCAUACGAUCAAGGCCACGCCCAGCCUUGACGAGGCCAAGUCAUGCUACGCGCCUGUUGUCGACCUCAACACCGCUCGCUUUAGCGAGUACCGCCCGCUGUCCCUCCAGUGGACAAAGGCGACAGUCGUCCGCGCGGUCAAGUACAUCUCCACCGCCGCCACAGUCAACCUCCAUCGACGGCGCGCGCGCACCACUCGCAUCAUUCACAGCUCGGCCGACUCGAUCUUGAAGUCAAGCUGCCCGCGCGAUGUCCUCAACACUGUUGUCGCGGCCACAAGGGACUCCGAUACCCAGCAGACGCUCGACGAGCUGGCAAAGGUCCUGGAGUUUGUCAAGUCGCGCGCCGCUGAGGAUCCAUCCCUCACCCCAAUCGCCGCAAGCAUCAACGACGUCCUUGGACGUGCCCUUCCCUCAGUCAUUGGCCUCGGGCACGCCAAGUUUGUCAAGAGUGUCCUCAUCCGCCAGUACCCGUACCUCAGCAUCUCGAAGAAGUCCGAGUACAAGCCGGUUCAGGGACUCAUCAUGUUUCGCGCCGAUAAGGCGCUCCGCUACAUUCCGCGGCGCCAAGCCCUCCCAACCGAUCCGAACAAGGACAUCCAUGAGCUCCGCCGAACUUCGUACGCCAUGCUCAACAAGAACAUGCUGCUAGACAAGGACGCAUGGGGCAUCUCCCUCCUUGUCUGGUCCGCCUUUGCCACCACGCGCGUCCCGCCCAACGCGCCGGCCGCUUCACCCCGCAAGCGCCCGCACAAGCGCAAGGCGGCCUCGACCAAGUCCAGCAGCCCGGUCCCAAAGAAGCGGCAGAAGAUGCGCUUGCCGUCCGCCGAACCCGAACUCACGGACGUCGGCAGCUCGUCGCACCCCAUCGUUCUUGACGACUGGGAUCAAGACGUCGCAGCCGCGAGCGCGCCAACGACGCACCCUCGAGCCCCUGGCGCCUCUUCUGGUACCACGACCACAGUCAUCCGUCGCCGCCGUCGCCGUCGCAAGGGCAACCGCGUGUCAAAGAAGACAACCAAGAAGUAGUUCUCACCCACUUCUCAUCUCUCUCAUUCACAGCACUAAACUCACUUUCUCCA